AUGAGUCUUAAUUCAACACUUUACCACACAGUUACCUUUCAAAUCGAAAUCAAGACAACUUAUCCAGCAGAUCCAUCUUUUCGUCGCCGAAAUUUUCAGAAUUCCGUCUGGCACCGCAAUUCCCGGCGACCGGCGCGGAGGUCCGGCGAGAUCGACGGAGAAGGAGAAGAAUCUGAGAGGAAAGAGGUCAGGCAAAGAAAAUACGGCGGCCGCAAGUGCCCGGCGGCGCGAAAGGUAAGAGGUCCGGCCGGUUAG